UCUAGCUUAAAUGCUCUCCGACACUCAAAACCUGCAAUACAAUCUUCGCCAUCUGACCGUUACUACAGAGGGCGAUAUUGUCUGUGGGACGUCCGAGCAACCUCGUUGCUCACCCGCAUCAUGGCGCCGCCGCGGGAUCACGAUAACGGCGAGUUUGCCCCCAUAUCCGACAUCACAUCGCAAUUGGAGCACCUUUCUUCGUCCCCCCACAUUGCCGAGGAGGCAAUCGCCCGCGAUUACGAAGAAGAUGAUUCGCCCUCCGAGGACGAGACAGAGUCAGACACGGAUGGCUCGUCCACUGUCCGGCAGUUCUCCAUGAUCAACUCGUACCAACGACCGAGCUACAUGAACCCAGGCGCCCGUGGAACUGUCUUUUCUUCCAGUGUGCCGAGUCAGAACUAUGUCUCGGACCACCAGAACUGGAAGAAGCACAGCUAUUUGAGUAAGAAAGAGCGUGACGAGGUGCUGGAGCAGGAGCGGAGCCUACUCCGCGACAACGACCUACUUCCACCAAAACACCCUAGAAGAGGUAGUGAAAGCGGAGGCUACGGCGCCAUCGCCCGAAGACUAAGUCUACCUGGGCUGCGCAAAACAAAGAGUGCUACAACCGACAAUCGGCAAGAUCAGGAAGGGCCAAAUGAGAGAAAUCCGCUUCUGGGAGACCCAAAUUUGCCGUAUGCGGGGCUAGAUACACCAAGAACAAUUGCACAACGAUUUGAUGAGGCGGUUGCAUCGGGGCGACUGAAGACCACUUGGCAACGAGAAACGAAGGUUUUGCUUAAGAGUUCAGCACCGCUUAUCUUAACAUUUUUGUUGCAGUACAGCUUGCCGGUCGCGAGCAUCUUUACCGUUGGACACAUUGGAAAGAUCGAGCUCGGCGCAGUGAGUUUGGCGAGUAUGACCGCCAGCAUCACUGGAUAUGCGGUAUACCAAGGACUCGCCACCUCUCUCGACACUCUCUGCGCGCAAGCGUAUGGCUCCGGCCGCCCCCAUCUCGUGGGUUUGCAACUACAGCGAAUGCUCUACUUCCUCUGGGUGAUCACCAUCCCAAUUGCAAUAAUAUGGGCUUGCGGUGAACAAAUCCUCUCUCACAUCGUCCCCGACAAAGAAACCGCACGACUGGCUGGUCUCUAUCUACGCGUCUUGAUCGCAGGAGCACCAGGCUACGCCGCGUUCGAGGGCGGAAAACGCUACCUCCAAGCCCAGGGCCUAUUCUCCGCCAACAUGUACAUCCUGCUCUUCUGCGCGCCGCUCAACGCCCUCAUGAACUACAUCUUUGUAUGGCGCCUAGAAUGGGGCUUCGUAGGCGCUCCCAUCGCCGUGGCCAUCACCGAGAACAUCAUGCCACUGAUGCUCUUCUGCUACGUGCGUUUCGUAGACGGGUACCAGUGCUGGGGCGGUUUCGACCGGCGCGCGCUGAAGAACUGGGGCCCCAUGAUCCGACUCGCUAUUCCAGGUCUCAUCAUGGUGCUCGCGGAGUUCCUCGCGUUCGAGAUCCUCACGCUGUCGUCCAGCUGGCUGGGUCCUACCACGCUUGCCGCGCAGUCCGUCCUCGGCUCUGUCACCGGCAUCACCUUCCAGAUCCCGUUUCCCAUGAGCGUAGCAGCCUCGACGCGCAUCGCGAACCUCAUCGGGGCCACGCUGCACGAACACGCCAAGAUGGCGGCACGAGUUGCCAUCUUCUUCUCCGUUGUCGUCGGCAUCUUCAACCUGCUGUUUCUCUCGCUGCUCAGGAAUUACAUCCCCAGGCUGUUCACGCCCGACGAUGACGUCAUCGAUCUUGUAGCCUCGCUGUUGCCGCUGUGCGCUGCAUUCCAACUCUUCGAUAGUAUGCAGGCGAACUGCAAUGGUAUUCUGCGCGGGAUCGGAAAGCAGGAGAUUGGCGGGUACAUUGCGCUGUUUUCGUACUAUAUCAUUGGGAUGCCGAUAAGCUUUGGACUUGCUUUUGGCGCGGGUUGGGGACUCUGGGGCUUGUGGACGGGACCGGCCAUUGCGCUCGGCUUCGUUGCUGCGAUCGAGGGUUUUUACAUAUACAAGACGAGCUGGGAGAGCGCAGUUGCAGCUGCGGAGGAGAGAAAUGCCAUGGAUGAGCAAAGGGCUUGAGUUCAAAGCCUUACUGGCUCGGAACUGCGGCCUGUCUUCCGAUAGGAUCUCCAGCAGGUGAAGUUUGGCUCUUGUUGGGGAGGCUUGAUACCCAUUUUCUAGCAUUUGCUUGCUUCGUGGAGUGUUACGGAGGUGCAUCUAAAUCAAAGCAGCGGCGGUGGUGAGAAGAUCGCAGCUAAGAAGUUUGUUUUGCUCAAGGUUUUCUCUGCGACCACCUCAGCUGCUUAUUCUGCGGAGAUGCAA